UCGCUCGCUCGCUCGCAACGCCGCGGCACCACCUCAGCUGUAUAUCAGUCACACAGCCGCACAGCUGACUGACAGACAUCUUCAAGUGCCCAUUAAAUCACUAACACUUGACUCCUACACCGCUCAACACAACCAUCAACCGUUUCCCUUCAUCACGCGGCGCAACCGCAUGUCCCGCAACCACACCACCGCUUCCUAUGCGUAAACCCCCCGUCCCUCCGUCCAAUACACCACCACCCCAGUGCACGCUUCCAAAAUGAACGGCUGGGUCGUCUUCAUAAUCAUCCUUCUCCUCGCCCUUAUCGGUGGCUACGGCGGCUGGGUAGUUUGGUCGCGGCUCCGAGCGAAACGACUCGGACUCUCACCACCCUCACUCCUUCCCUUCGCGCGAUCCUCUCCACCCACUAACUUCCCCGCUCCCGCCCCUGGCGGCAUCCGCGGUUGGAUCGACACACAGGUACGGAAAUUCAAGAACCGCAACAACCGCUAUGCAACAGGCGCUUACGAAGAGCCGUCGACGUACGCUGGCGGUGGGCGAGCCCGCGGCGCAGGCCACCGGCUCGAUCCGGAUGAAGCUUGGGAUGCGCGCGUCGGCAACGAGGCGUAUUAUGAGGAGCAGGAACUUGGGCUGCAUGCGCCACAGGGUGGUAAUGGGAGUAAUACGUAUGGUGGUGGAGGAUACGGUGCGCCGGAACCGGGGGUAGUGGCGCAAGAGCCGGAGCGCGGAAGGAGUCGGACGAGGGAGUAUGAUGAAAGGACGCUGGAUGAUGGGAGGAGCGGAAGGGAGAAUCCGUUUGGAGACGAGAAUGCGGCGAGCUUGAGGGGUGUGAGUCCGAGGCCUUUGGAUCAGGGUCAGGAUACGAGUUAUGGUGGCGCGCAGCACCAGCAGCCAGCCCAGGCUCAUGCGGGAGAUAGCCCGACAGAGAGGAGGAGUAUGUUUAGGGAAAAUAUGUGAGGCUAGGAAUGAGUGAGAGGGUAAAGGUUGUUACGGGUAUAUAUGUUACACUACGGUUGUUGAGGUAAAAAAGGUCCAUUUUCCCAUUUUCGACCCAGGUCAAU